UAGUAGCCAGCAAGGCAGACAACCGAGAAGAACUAACCGAGAUGCGACACCCAACAGCUCUGAUUAGCUUGAUUCUGGGCCUGGUCCUCGUCACCCUGGUCCACGCCGCUCCCGUGGAGGUCGUCUACACGGGCGAGGGCUGCGCCUGCCCCACCCAGCUGGGUUACCAACUGAAUGUGCCCAAUCCCGCCAAGCCCAAGAAGUAUGUGGGUGGCGAGUACGGAUAUCGGGUGGAGAAGCCCGUCCAGACCAAGGCCAAGAUCAGCUACAGCUUCGACUUCACCGUGGAGCAGCCCAGGACACCGGCUCCGCCCAAGACCAACCCCUCCAAGCUGUACGCCAAGGUGGACCGGAUCACGGUCAACAAAGCGGAUUGCCAGGCCAAGAACAAAUCGACAUGCGGCUGCUCGAGUUGCUCCAGUCAAAAACCCAGGUACGUAGCUCCACCGGUCAAGUCGCCGAACGCCAUUCGUCGUCGCAGGGAUGUCCAUCAGCCCGGUUCGCUGAUCCGCCGGCGACUCAUGCGCCAGCAACAGCUCCAGGAGCGUCCGCCGCGCUUUGUGAAGCUCUACCACAAGGAUUUGACUCCUGCCCAGCAGAAGCAGCAGCUCAAGCUCUUUGGCCUGAUCCCGGUGGCAUCCGCAUCCGCAUCCGCAGAGCCAGUGGCUGCUUCACCGAAAACCAAGAGGAAGACCAAGAAGACGCCAAAGGGCUGGAUGGGCCUAGGCCGCCGUCUAAAGAAGCGCGAUAUAAAGGGCGAAUACGAUCUGCUCGAGCAAGAGCGUUCCCAACUAGAUCUGACUGCCCCGGAGAUAAUCCAGUUCAUGCCGGAGACCCUGAAUCCCGACUUCAAGCCCGGCCAGUGCCACGUGGGCUGUGGAGCGAUGACAGCAGCGGCACCGCCACCAGAAGAGCCACAGCCCUCCAAGGAGGAGCAGCUGCCUCCAACUGAACAGGGUGAAACUGAGCACUCCGAGCCGCCAGAGCAGCAGAAUUCGAUUCCAUCCAAGAGAGCCGCCUAUGGCUACUAUCCCCUGCAGAUUCCCUCCCCGCUGAGCCGUCAACAGGACUACAGAUUCGUGGACGACUCACAGCUAAGGAGCCUCCUGUCCACCACCUCUGUGCCGGAUCCCCAGGAGUACAGCUCCACCCCGCUGCAGUUUGCAGGAGAUCUGGAGUCGGUUACGAGAAAAUCCUAUGCGGCACCGCUCUUGGGUCUCGGCGGUGGCUAUCCCGUGGAGCAUGUGUCCGACUCCCAGCUGGACAGCAUUAUCUCCGGGAUAGUGUACAAUCAUCCGGCCUACAAUGACUACGCCACAGAGGGCAGUCUGGUGGAUCCGGAACCGGUCCAAAGGCAGCAGACAACCGACUUCCUCAAGAAACUUAUCGACGGCCGCCUCGGGGGCUGGGGCUUCGAUCAGGUCUCGGAGCCCGAGCACAGCCUGCGGGAGGAUUACUCCAGGCAACCGGCCAAAACGUAUGGCUACAAUAGCCACUCCCAAAACGGCUACAGUGUGGACACCUACAGUGCGCCCCCCAUUACGGAUUACCUGAGGGCAUGGUUCUAGGCCCCAAAGACCCACCAGAAAUACCUAGCUUUAGUACCUAAAAACCCAACAAAAUCGCAAACAAAAUCCCAAAAAAACAGAAUAUAAUAAAUUGAAAAAACUUUGUGGCGUUUCUUUCUCAUUCACCCAA